GCCUGGAAAGAACAGUUGCUUAUGGAGACCCAGACCAGAUGUAUCCAAACCUUUGCGAAGCUAUUUUGGAAAAACUAUCCGAACCAAUUAAAAUGCUUGUGAAGGAAGCAAAGGUGGCAGAGAAACAAGCCAUACGAUACGCUGGUGAAAAAUCUGUCGCCCAAGAAUUGCGAUUGGCCAUUUUGGACAAAAUAACGCCCUCAGUUACCGAACUAUCUCGUGGUCUAAACGUCAUAAAAAAUCAGGAGCCUGGAGAUAGACAUUCUGGUAUGAUCAGUAUGAAUGUUCUGGAAACUUUUGCUGGAUCUAUCGACGACAUUAUGAAUUCUCUUACAAGAAUUGGAGCAAAUGUCGAAGGUGAAGGGCUCAGUAGUCCCGUUUCAGAACCACGCGAGGAAGUUUUUAGAGAAGUGUUCGAGCAAGUUAGUGAAAUAGUGUACACUGAUACAAAUCAGUCUGUCACUGAUUUGCUAUGUAACAUCGAGACUGCUCAGAGAAAUAUACCCAACACUAUAAUAUUAGAAGGUUUAAGACAACUCUCUUCUCUGCAAAAAGAUUUGGCAACUACCGUAACCAAGGUAGGAGAAAACAGAAAUGAAACCAGUAUCUCAGCUUUAGAAAACAUAGGUCAAAGCAUCAACCUUCUCAAUAAUUUCGUCAUAGAUUUGACUCCUUCCAGCAUGGGCAGUGUUCUAGAAGAAUGCGGUGUUGUUCUAAGUAUUCUGGAAGACAGUGUCUUAGCUACUGACCUGUCAUCUCAACCCAGUGACAUAAAAGACGAAUUUUCUAAUUUAAAAGACCGAGUCAAAGAAGUCAGAUUAAAUAUUAUUGAACUUAGUGAACAAGUUGAUGAACCCAGACAAACCAGUGAUGAUCAAAUGGCCGUGGGUGAUAAUGUAGUGGUAGUUUUGGAAGAAACAUCAGUUACAGUAGUGCCAGAAUCCUUGUUGGAGGAUACAAAAUCUACUUUGGACCAAUUACAAGAUUCAGCUUCUGUACCAAGUGCAAGAAUGGUACUGGAACCUCUUCUGCCUCAUGCUGUAGCUUUGUAUGAAAUCAGCAAUGACACGUUACUGAGGAAACAAAAAGACCAGUUGUCAGAGGAAGACAGACAACGCCUGCAAAAUUGUGUGGUGCCUUUAGAAUUGAUAGAAGAUCGAAUUAUUGAAGCUCUGGACUUUGUCAUGUUAACUCCGGGAACUCCACAAAGAACAGAACUAAAAAAUCUUUUAGAACACUUGCAAUACAACGUCGCCGUAAUGCAUCAACAAGUUUUGGACGAAACCCAUUUGGCAGAAAGAAGAGAUUCAGUACCUAUUAUCGAGGAAAUCAAAAAAUCCGUCAUUGUUCUUCAAAAUCUCCCAAUUAUGUCUGAAAUUUCUGGAGACGAAGCAGUAUCACCAGAAAUUGUUAAAGAAAUCGUCGAAUGCGUUUCUGCCCUCGAACACAACCUGGCAACACUGUACGAAGUUGUUAUGGUAGAAGGAAUGGACCAGAUGCCUCCCAACUUACUACAG